AUGACUCCCCCGCCCUCGCACAUCGCCCGCCAGGCUCUGCCCGACCACGUCUAUCAGCUGCCCGACAACAUGCAGCCCCAGCCCUCGCUCUCGCGAUACUGGUGCCGCGGCAGCGUCACGCGCCUGACCACUCACUCCAAGUACGAUCCUAAGGGCACCAUUGAGUCGUUCAUGUACGUCUUCCGUCGACCUGGUGGGUACGGGCUCCGCAAGGACAACUUUGGUGUGUGCGCCGGCUGCGUGGAGGCGAAGGUCGGCGAGUGUGUCGAGGUAUUUCCUGUGUCGCCCACGAAGCUCGCUCCGGGUGGCCGUCGACGCCGUAGCCCCUCCUUCGAAAUGAGCCCGAGUGCGGGUCGUGGCGGUCCUUCUGCCUAG